AUGGACGCCACAAAUUUUGACCUCGAAUCUCUGGUUAACCUCGAGCAGUCGUUCUACGAUGAAGGCUAUGCCGAUGGUCAUACACACGGCCGCAUUCACGGCCUCAUCGAAGGUCGGGCGCUUGGCCGCGAGAAAGGAUUCGAGAUGUGGGAGGAGAUGGGUUUUUAUACCGGAUUCGCAAAGUUCUGGAUCACAGUCGCGGAGAGCCAGACCUCGAAUGGGACAAAUACAUUUAGACGUGCAAUUCACCAUGCCCGCCACCUUCUCUCCCUCCUUGCCCAAUUUCCCGCAACAAAUCCUUCCCCUGCCCCUGCCCCUGCCGCUCCUUCCUCCACAUCACAUACCGAAAUACUGAGCGCUACAUCUUCGCCGUCUUCUGAACUGGAUAUAUCGUCCCUGCAGCGCCAAAUCCGUUCUCGCUACAAAGUCCUAUGUGCAUCCCUCGGCAUCAAGCCUAGUCUCCGCGCCAAUUCGAGUCCAGGAGGCGAAAUCGGACAAGACGAUGGAAUGAACAUGGAUAGUACGGUAAACGGGCCUUCGGAAGGACGCGGCGGUGGGAAGAAGAUCUGGAAGGUUGAUGUUAGUCGGGGGGUUGGGCCACAGGAGCCACAGGGGCUAAGUUUCUAA